AUGAACUCGUGGGACGCGGGCCUGGCGGGUCUGCUGGUGGGCACGAUGGGCGUCUCGCUGCUGUCCAACGCGCUGGUGCUGCUCUGCCUCCUGCACAGCGCCGACAUCCGCCGCCAGGCGCCGGCGCUCUUCACCCUGAACCUCACGUGCGGCAACCUGCUGUGCACCGUGGUCAACAUGCCGCUCACGCUGGCCGGCGUCGUGGCGCAGCGGCAGCCGGCCGGUGACCGCCUGUGCCGCCUGGCCGCCUUCCUCGACACCUUCCUGGCUGCCAACUCCAUGCUCAGCAUGGCCGCGCUCAGCAUCGACCGCUGGGUGGCCGUGGUCUUCCCGCUGAGCUACCGCGCCAAGAUGCGCCUCCGCGACGCCGCGCUCAUGGUGGCCUACACGUGGCUGCACGCGCUCGCCUUCCCCGCCGCCGCGGUCGUCCUGUCCUGGCUCGGCUUCCACCAGCUGUACGCGUCCUGCACGCUGUGCAGCCGGAGGCCGGACGAGCGGCUGCGCUUCGCCGUCUUCACGGGUGCCUUCCACGCGCUCAGCUUCCUGCUCUCCUUCGUCGUGCUCUGCUGCACAUACUUCAAGGUGCUCAAGGUGGCCCGCUUCCACUGCAAACGCAUCGACGUGAUCACCAUGCAGACGCUCGUGCUCCUCGUGGACAUCCACCCCAGUGUGCGGGAACGCUGUCUAGAGGAGCAGAAGAGGCGGAGGCAACGCGCCACCAGGAAGAUCAGCACCUUCAUAGGCACCUUCCUCGUGUGCUUCGCACCCUACGUGAUCACCAGGCUGCUGGAGCUGUCCUCCGCGGUGCCCAUCAGCUCCCACUGGGGGGUGCUGUCCAAGUGCUUGACCUACAGCAAGGCCGCAUCUGACCCGUUCGUGUACUCCUUGCUGCGACACCAGUACCGCGAGAGCUGCAAGGACAUUCUGAGCAGGGUCCUUCACAGGCGUCCCCUCCGCUCCUCCGGCCUCACCGGCGACUCCCACAGCCAGAACAUUCUGCCGGUCUCUGAGUGA